UCUGCGAAGUACCGUACAAGAUGAACAUACAAGCGACACUCGUGCUUUGCCUUCUCGCAUGGGUCUAUGGGCCAACGGCCUAUGCUGAUCCGCAAAGGUCCUCCGGCUCCAGCGAAUCGUCUGCAUCCUCUUGGUCUUCGAGUUCGGCCUCGAGUUUGUCCUCAUCCGAAGCAAGUUCGGCAAGUUCGGCAAAUUCGGCAAGUUCAGGGAGCGAUGAGAGCAGAGUACGAGCUUGGAACCGGGGUAGAGGAGGCAGCGACAGUCUGGUACUCUCGGUGGAUUCGUCAGCUGACUCGAGAGCGAGGGAAUUGAUAGAAACUGACGCUGGUUUGAAUGUAGCCGCUGCGUCUGCUCAAGCCAAUGCUGAAGACCAAGCUCGAGCAGCAGCUAGUGCCGAUGUUACGGCCAACAGAGCAACCGCAAAAGCCCUCGCGUUAGCUGAGGCAGCCGUAAGGGCGGAAAACGCAGCUAUUGUCAGGGUUCGUCAAGCUUUGACUGCAGCGCAAGAUCUCGUCGCUGCUUCAAGCCGUGCAAGAGCUGCAAGCAGAGCCGCCUGGGAGGCUGCAAAAGAAUCGGCAGCAGCUGCUGCCUGGGCCUCAAAUAACCAAGUGAGAGCUAACGCCGACUCGCUGAUCGCCAACAGAGCUGCAGCCGCUCUUCUCGCUGCUGCCGAGGAAGCCCUUCAGAGAGCUACCGCUUCGCAAAAUUCAGCUGCCGAAGCUGCCGCUAAAGCUCGUGCUGCAGCCAGGGCCAAUGCAGCUACCACCAGAGCUGCUGCAUCCGCUGUACUCGCUUCCGCACGUGCCAGAGCAGCUAUCACGAGGGCAUCUGGUGCCCAAAUAACGGCCUCCGCUAAGGCUACUUCUGCAAGUCAAGUACAAGAUCGUGCUAACAUAGCACAAGGCGCAGCCUCAGCUUUAGCCGAAUCCAGGGCGGAAGCUGCAGCAUCCGCGGCAGCUGCACAGGCCGCUGCAGUUGCAGAGGCUAACGCUCAAGUUGCUCGUCUCUCCAAGUCAUCCGGUGAUGCUUCCAGCGAAUCUUCCGCUUCCGCUUCGAGCUCGGCAUCCGCAAGUAGCAGCAGCAGCAGCAGCAGCAGCAGCAGCGCGGAUGCGGAAUCCUCAGCUCAAUCCGCUGCGGAGUCAUCUUCCGGAGCAAACGAAUCAGGCGGGGAAAGUAGUAGCAGUUCUAGCGCAAGUGUUAGUGUAAGCGCUAGUGCAAGCUCGUCUAGCGAAUCGAAGAGGAGUGGUGUUGCCAUUGAGGGAGCCCUCGUAGGUACUGGUGCGGCGAGUUCGGCUGCAGCAUCCGCCGAGUUACUUUCGGACACCUUGGGAUUAGGUCAGACGUCUGCCCAAGCACAAGCAGCGGCCGUAGAAGAAGCCAAUGUUUCGAGCAAUGCCAAUAAUAAAGCUAGUCAGUGGGCAGCCCAGGCAGCAGCAGCGGCAACAGCAGCGGCUGCUUCGCAAGAGAACGCUGCCGCGUUGGCGCGUGCAUCAGCCGAGGCAUCUCAAAGCGCGGCUAGAGCAACGUCCAGGGCUGAGGCCAACGCCUCGGCGGCCAAAGCAUCCGCGGAAAAAGUUUGGAUACUGGCACAGGAUUCCGCACAAGCUCAAGCUCGUGCUACAGAACGAUCGGAGUCCUCUAACAGAGAUGCGGCCGCGAGUGCAGCAGCUGCGAUAGAAGCCGAAAGCAAAGCUGCCAAGGCCCUCAAAGCUAUUGCCGAUGCCAAGGCCAAGGCCGCCGCGGCUGUUGCCGCUCAAGCGGAGGCCGCCGCAGCAGCUGCGGCUGCAGCUAAGGCCCGUGCUGAAGCCGAAUCAGGUGCCGCCGUGGCUGCAGCAGCGCGUGCCGUUGCUCAAGCCGAAGCCGCUGCUUCCAGUCGAAACAACCGCCAAGCUGGCAUUGCUCAAGCCGGUGCAGUCGCCGCAGCUCAGACUAGGGCUCUCGCAUCUUCAGUAGCAGCCACCGCCAAAGCAGCAGCCUAUGCCAAUGCCGAUGUCCAAGCACUUAGAGCGUCAGAAUGGGAUUCAGCCUCAUCUUCCUCUUCCUCUUCUUCCUCCAGCAGUAGUGCCAGCGCAUCCGCAGCUUCCAACAGCAAUUCCAGCAGCGGCAGGAUUUCUUCCAGCGAUGCAAGCAGCUCUGCCGAAGCCGAGAGCGAUGCUAGCUCGAGGGUUUAACAAUCUCCACGUUCCCGUCUAUCUCCAUCG